AGCAUUGUAGCUCUUCAGUCUUCGGAGGUAAAUAAAAUUGCAAAAUCAUGGCUGACAAUUCUCAACGGGAGAAAAUCGAACAAUUUACUAACCUGACCGGCGUUGAUGCAGACAGAGCAAAGUUUUAUCUUGAGUCAUCUGGAUGGAAUAUAGAGCUGGCAGUAGCUAGUUUCUAUGAGCAUGGUGAGGAUGAUGAUGAUGUACAGGUCCUAGAUGCACCACCCCCUGAAGAAGAUGUAUCUAUAGUUGAACAGCCCCCUCCUCAGAGAACAGGGGCCACAAAAUCACGGUUUGGCACUAUCUCUGGUCUCACACAAAGUGACAGUGAAAAUUCCGAUUCCGAUGAGAAGGGACAGGCCUUUUAUGCAGGGGGAUCAGAACAUAGUGGACAGCAAGUUUUAGGGCCACCAAGGAAAAAGGAAAGUGGGAAGAAAAUUGUGGACAAUCUGUUCAAAUCAGCAAGAGAACAUGGAGCUGAGGAAGUUGGGGAGGGUUCAGAAACACAGACCCAGGGAGCUAGUCGUUUUGCUUUCCGUGGGGCAGGAUACAAACUAGGGGAAACAGAGGAUGACCCUGUCAGUGUGAUACAGGGAAAACCCAUAGAAUCAGAGAAAAGACAGGUUGACAUGGUGCUUAAGUUAUGGAAGAAUGGAUUCAGUGUCGAUGAUGGCCCUCUGAGAGAUUUUCAGGAUCCAGCAAACAAAGAAUUCCUAGACGCUGUGUCAAGGGGUGAGGUUCCGAGGGAGCUAAUUAGCAGAGGGAAGGAAGUUAAUUUAAAUAUGGAAGAUCAUCGUACAGAGGACUAUGUCCAACCCAAAGUUACAACCAAACCUUUCACAGGUGCUGGCCAUAUGUUGGGAAGCCCAGCACCAACAGUUGUCCGAUCUCCAGGCACGUCAUCCAGUAGUUCUGCGUCCACAGAAGAAGCAGCAAAACAAGGGGUCAAGGUCAACGACAAGGCCCCGACAACAAACCUUCAGGUCAGAUUGGCCGAUGGAUCACGGUUAGUCAUAAAGCUGAAUCACACACACCGAGUUAGGGACAUCAGGAAUUACAUCGUAACAGCCCGUCCAGAAUAUGCCUCAUCAAACUUUGUCCUGUUGACAACUUUCCCAAACAAAGAACUCUCAGAUGAAAAUCAAACCUUAGCAGAUGCCAAACUAUUAAAUGCAGUCAUAGUGCAAAGACUCAAGUGAAUAGGACCAGUGAUAUUGCAUAGUUAUCUCCCUUAGGGUGCAUUCAAAGAGAUUUUAAAAAAAGCAACUAAGAAAAAUAUUACAUUAGAUCUCUUUAUUUAUCUUGAAUAAUUUGUUUUUUAUUUCAACAAAUUAUUAAAAAUUUGUUUUUAAAGUUUCAAAGUAAAAAUUGAUAUAGCACUCAGAAACAAAAGUUUUGCGAGUGCCGUGUCAACUCUCUUUGUAGUCCAUGUCUACGAUUGUUGUCUUAUAACAAGACGAUAAUCCUGAAUAUAAAAAAAUAAACUUGUUGAUAAUACCUGAAAUGUUA